AUGGCUAUCAACUUUGCCGCAGGAUGGGCUCGAUUCAUUCCCAUGAUCGGCUACCACCAUGUGUUGAUGAUUAUCAUUGCCCUUGCUAUUAUCUUAUUAUCACUUCUUUUGGCCGGAUGUUCAUCCUCGUCUCCAUCAAUUCCUGAUAUCUUCUUGAUCUCAUUAUACUAUGAGAGCUACAAACCUAAUUUCGCGCUAUCACAAGUUGAUCCUGGAGUCACUACGGCGAUGGCAAACAUUGUGCACAAUGCUGAGCUAGAGGUUCGAGUGGGAUACUUUGGUAUUUGCGUUCAACCCGAUCACGGUUCAUACAUCUGCAACGCCAACGCCACCGCAUUGGCGGAGAUCGUCAAUGUGGACCAGGAUCCACUCAACUUGAUCUGGGUUGCCUCAACUUUCAAGGACGCGGUAGUGUUCCCAUAUCUACUCAUCGUCGCUGUUAUUCUCGCCUUCUUCUGUUUCAUCUUGCUAGCCACAUUCCCCGGCUGGCAUGAAGAGCGCGAUGACUCCGGCUCCGACGUCGAAGUGAAGCCAUUCCCAUCGCGUCCUGUCUCCCAGGCUGCACUCGCCCUCAUAUUCGUCUCCUCCGUAUUCGUCCUCGUGUCCGUGUUAUGGCAGCACACAGCAUCAGUCGCAGCAAGUACCAUUGCACAAGACAUGGGCAACGGCAGCGUCAAGAGUGGUGUCGGGACCUCAGCCAUGGUGCUGGGUUGGUUCGGCUUCGUUCUCAUGGUUGUCGUCACGAUCGGUCUUCUCGUCAUGAUCCUCAGUAUCAGCAUGAUCCGGAAACUGACCGACGAAGAAGAGUGA